AUGAGUCACUAUAUAAGACCGGCAAGGACAAGAAGGUGUAUGUUAGUGCACGCCAAAUCCUCCGCGGCGCCGGACCGUUUUUCAACAUAAAGCGAAAGCCCGCCGCGAUAUAACAUACAUCCAAUCUUUCAGACAAGUUUCUCUUUUUGGCUAUUAUUUUCAACAGUGAUACGUACACGCAUAGGCGCAGCGCAGAAAGACACCUCGCAGCAUUCUUUCUGCUCGAUUCUCGGACUUUUUCUCGUUGGUUUUGGAACUGCCGAACAACAAAGUCAACAAUGUUUGUGGAGCCGAUAAUCCAGUGGCUGUACCGCGAGGCCAGGAGUAGCGAUGCAUUCUCCACGCUGCUGGUGUUCUUCGGGGCGCUGACGUUUGUGCGCCUCGUGCAGUGGUAUCGUCAAGUGCGCUCCUUACCCCCGGGACCAUGGGGUAUUCCGAUCCUUGGCUACUUGCCAUUUAUGAAGGGUGCCGAUCAACACGUCACUUACACCGAGUUAGCCAAGAAAUACGGCUCCAUGUUCUCCGCUAAGCUUGGCAAUCAACUGGUUGUCGUACUUAGCGAUUAUCGCAUCAUCAGGGAUACAUUCAGACGCGAGGAGUUCACUGGCAGACCUCAUAAUGAAUUUACCAACAUACUUGGCGGCUAUGGUCUCAUUAAUACCGAAGGCGCCUUGUGGAAAGACCAAAGAAGAUUUGUUCAAGAUAAGUUACGCAAUUUCGGCAUGACCUACAGAGGUGCCGGCAAAAAGAUUCUCGAGUCAACCAUUAUGAAAGAAAUCGAAGUAUUCAUUCGUGGACUGGAGGUGAGAGAAGGAGCACCCACAAGUGUAUCGUUCUCGCUUGGUAUGUCAAUUACCAACGUCAUUUGCUCGAUCAUCAUGGGAGUUAGAUUCAAGCACGGAGACAGUCGCUUCAAACGAUUCAUGGGACUCAUCGAAGAAGGCUUCCGUCUCUUUGGACAACUCAGUUUCAUCAAUUUCAUCCCGAUCGUACGCUACUUGCCAUGGAUGAAAAUCGUUCAAACCAAAUUGACGGCCAAUCGCGAAGAGAUGGCUGAUUUCUUUCAAGAGACCGUCGAUCAACAUCGCGCUACCUUCGACGGUAGCAAUGUCAGGGACCUCGUCGACGCUUACUUGCUCGAGAUCGAGAAGGCUAAGGCUGAGGGUCGCGCUGAUCAGUUGUUCCAGGGAAAGAAUCACGAUCGUCAGAUGCAGCAGAUCUUGGGCGACUUGUUCUCCGCUGGCAUGGAAACCGUAAAAACGACCCUCGAGUGGGCAAUGAUCUACAUGAUGCAUCACCCUGAAGCAGCACGCGCAGUUCAAGAAGAGCUUGACCAAAUCGUCGGCAGAUCACGCACGCCAACACUAGAAGACCUGCCGUUCCUGCCAGUUACCGAGGCGACAAUCCUCGAAGUUCUUCGCAGGACGAGCAUCGUCCCACUGGGCACCACCCAUGCUACAACUCGGGAGGUCAAUCUCAAUGGCUUUACGAUACCGACUGGCUCUCAAAUAAUUCCCCUGCUUCACGCCGUGCACAUGGACGAAGAGCUGUGGGAAGAGCCAGCCAAGUUUCAACCAAGCCGUUUCCUCACCGCCGAAGGCAAAGUACAUAAACCUGAGUACUUCAUGCCAUUCGGAGUUGGUAGGCGAAUGUGUCUCGGCGACUUGUUGGCACGUAUGGAGCUCUUCCUGUUCUUUUCAACGCUGAUGCACACAUUUGAUCUGCGGCUGCCCGAGGGUGCAAGUUUACCUAGCCUCAAAGGUAACGCUGGUGUUACGGUCACACCCGACCCGUUCAAGGUCUGCCUGAUCAGGCGAGAUCGGGAUGUACCAUUACGUAGCGUUGGGUCCAAAUGAACAUGCUUCAUCGUUGUCAUCGUCAUCACACACCGAUCAUACCAUCAUCCAAUUAGCACGGUUUGCCGUUCCUAUUUGCAAAGCGAGGAGAGAGACAAGCUAGUUUUUUUCAAAUCCCUCACUCACGGGCUUCGUGGACUUUUACAUACUUAUUCGACUAUUCAAGAAGAUUGAAGGAGCAGAGCUAAAGAAACGAGAUCGAAGCCCGGAUAUGAUCGUUCAUUAUUAUUAAUUUUUUUUUAACGAAGAGCCCCGCUUAUGUGUUCUCGAUUCUUAGAGAUUCGUUAAAGACGUCCGCGCAGCCAUAAUAUUUAUUUUUGUCGAGAUAUGACAGCACAUAUACACACCGCUUUCGCGACUGCAGCUUCAUUAAUUUAUUCCUUUCCCGCCCCCACCAGUUAUUAUUAUUACUGUUACAACUCGAAUACCCAUGACCGAGAGUUACCGGUAUACAUUUAAAAAUGCGUCAAGCAUUGUCUCUUCUGUGUAGUAAUAGAAGCCUUUAGGACUCUCUCGGCUUGCGAGAGAUUCGAAAAAUGUUGAGCAAGUAAGCAAGUGACGUGUUGGCAGCUUAGCGAUUUCUUAUUUAAAUAGGUGAUGUCAUGCUUUCUUUCUUACUAAUCGAUGAGAGAGAGAGAGAGAGAUAGAGAGAAAGAGAGGGAGAGAGAGAUAGAAUGUAAGCUAGUGAGAGAUUGUAAGCACUUGUUAAAUGAAAGAAUUUAUUUUUUGGUAGCAAGCACCAGAAACGGUAGCUUUGUUGUAGAGUUCCUUGUUACAAAAUGUAAAUAUUCAUCACUUACUUUGACAAAAAAGCGUCUGUUUGUGUUUUGUGCAUGCAUGUAUAAUUGUAUAAUUGUGCGACGAGAGCCGAGAGACUGCGUUCUAUUUUCUACGUUUUAUUUUUUGUUCAUAAUAUACGCGUGUAUUGUAUUUAAAAUAUUUCGUAGGCAUAUAUUAUAAAUAGGAGAAAAGAGGAGGAUAAGAUUAAACAGUUGACAAUUUUUGAUCGAGAGGUAUACGAAUGAUACACGAACGAACGAAAAAAAUACCUGUGAAAGCUGGAAUAAAAAAAAAUACAUUUUUUUUGUUCGUUGAACUCUCAACUAGAACCAUUCUUCGGAUAUUUCUAGUCCGUGAAUUUUUCACGUAUCAUUGUUUUUUCUUUGUUUUCUUUCUUUCUUCAGUUACUUAUUUCUUUUUGUAAGAAAAAAAAGUAAUGAAAGCAUGCACAUGUGUGACUGUUUUUAACUAUGUGCGAUCGUCAGAUCGAAUGCCGCCGCACUGUGUUCACCUGUCGACCGCGAAUUCUUGUGUCGUAGAUUGUAAUAAUUUAAUAUAAUUAAGGCACUUUUUUACAAAAUGAAUAUAAUAAAAACAAAUAUCGU